GAUCACACAGGAUCCGGAGCUGGUGCUGAUAACAGCGGAAUCCCCUCUCUACCUCUCUCCUUGGUCCUGGAAUAACUGCCGAUUAUCAAGCAGCCAUUACUAUUAUAAUAAAACCUCCGCACUUGCUCAGUAAUUUUAUGAAAGUCUCAAGUAAGAGAGACAUACACCAAAAUUUUUGCGUGAAGGAGUGAAAAGAUAUAAUUGUCUAGGGGUUAAAAAAAAAAAAAAAGAAAAUGCCAGCUGAUAUAAUGGAGAAAAAUUCCUCGUCCCCGGUGGCUGCCACUCCAGCCAGUAUCAACACUACACCAGAUAAACCAAAGACAGCAUCUGAGCACAGAAAGUCCUCAAAGCCUAUCAUGGAGAAAAGACGAAGAGCAAGAAUAAAUGAAAGUCUGAGCCAGCUGAAGACACUAAUUUUGGAUGCUCUUAAGAAAGAUAGUUCGCGGCAUUCCAAGCUGGAGAAGGCGGAUAUCCUGGAAAUGACAGUGAAGCACCUCCGGAACCUGCAGCGGGCGCAGAUGACGGCCGCGCUGAGCACAGACCCGAGCGUGCUGGGGAAGUACCGCGCCGGCUUCAGCGAGUGCAUGAACGAGGUGACCCGCUUCCUGUCCACGUGCGAGGGCGUGAACACCGAGGUGCGCACCCGGCUGCUCGGCCACCUGGCCAACUGCAUGACCCAGAUAAACGCCAUGACCUACCCCGGACAGCCGCACCCCGCCUUGCAGGCGCCGCCGCCGCCCCCGCCUGGCCCUGGGGGCCCCCAGCACGCGCCUUUCGCGCCGCCGCCGCUGGUGCCCAUCCCCGGGGGUGCGGCGCCCCCUCCCGGCGGCGCGCCGUGCAAGUUAGGAAGCCCGGCGGGCGAGGCGGCCAAGGUUUUCGGCGGCUUCCAGGUCGUGCCGGCUCCUGACGGCCAGUUUGCCUUUCUCAUCCCCAAUGGGGCCUUUGCUCACAGCGGCCCGGUCAUCCCUGUCUACACCAGCAACAGCGGGACCUCUGGGGGUCCCAACGCAGUGUCGCCUUCCAGUGGCCCCUCGCUCACGGCGGACUCCAUGUGGAGGCCGUGGCGAAACUGAAGGGGCUCCUACCACCCUUCCAACUCCCCAAUCCACCUCUCUUCCCCUCUGGACACUAGAGACUUAUAUGCUGAGGAGGAAGAGGACUUUUGUGAUUAAGUGAUUACUUUGUUGUUUUUUUUAAUUUCUAAAAAGUUACUUUUUGUAGAGAGCUGUAAUAAGUGACUGACCAUGCACUAUAUUUGUAUAUAUUUUAUAUGUUCAUAUUGGAUUGCGCCUUUGUAUUAUAAAAGUUCAGAUGACAUUUCGUUUUUUACACGAGAUUCCUUUUUUAUGUGAUGCCAAAGAUGUUGGAAAAUGCUCUUAAAAUGUCUUCCUUUUGGGAAGUUUAUUUGAGAAAAUAUAAUAAAAGAA